AUGCGUCUCUUUUUGAUCCCCAUCUCGACACGCCGGGCGUUAAUAUACUCUCGCCCGUUACGCAAAGAUAUCCCAAAGGAGCUUUCCAUACUCGAUCGCGUGACCACCAAGGCAGCUCAAACGUGGGCAAAAUGGGAAGAAGCUGAUGGGGGCUGGAAGAAGAGCCUGGUGACUUGGGGUAAUAAGGUUCAGCAACGAAUUCCUUUCGAAGAAUGGGGACUCAAGAGUAUCCCAUCACUCAACUCCCAGAAACGAAUCGAUGAGGCACACGGAACCAAGAAAAUCGACGUAUUAUACCCGGGAAACUCGUUGCGUUUGGAGAAAAUACCCACCCUGUUGCGGACCAUAGCCACAGAACGGCAGGAGUUCCACCGGAAGAAGAUGCGAUGGAGUUUGGGAAUCGCUCCAUUAACAGCGCCCUUGGGCCUGAUUCCAGUGGUCCCAAAUAUUCCAUUCUUCUAUCUAGCAUACAGGGGCUGGUCCCACUGGCGAGCAUUGAAUGGUUCGCGGCACCUGGAAUUCCUCGUGGAGAAGAAUCUCCUAAAUCCCAUCUCCCUUCCCGAAUUGGAGCGUCUAUAUGCCAAGCGUGCAUCAUACGCCCUUGAUGAUACCCCGGUUGAUACCCCUGCAAUUGAGAUGGUCGAGGAUAUCGAGCAGAGUGACGAGAGAGUUCUCCUGAAAAUGUCUGAUGCCAAGAAGCUCGCAACAAUCUUGGAUGCACCGGAUCUUGCUCUGGAGGCCGAGCGUGCCAUCGUCCAAGUGAGCGCACAUCUGCAGGCGCGCGCAGAAGAAGCGAAACGUGCAGAGGAAGCGAAAGCGAAAGCAAAAGAAGCCAGCUCCGAAGAGAAAAAGAACUUAUAA